GGCUUUAGAGUCAGGGUUGGCUUUUCUGACUGCAGAAUCCUAGUUGUGAUUGCAACCUCUUGAUGUUUAAUGAAUACUUAAUUCUCAGCUUUUGUCACGAUGUUUAUCCAUGCUUCUUCUCAAUAAUUUCAUUCACAGUCUUGACCUCAGGAAAGGGAUCUUUUUGAAGUAACAGAGUAUUUUAAGUGAAUUUGAAGAGAGGGAAACUGCAAGUAAGCCAAAAGUUUAAAGCCUAUUAUUAUUUAACAUUUUCUUGCUCUUCACACUUUUCACAGUGCAUCUACAAACUCACCAGAGUGUGGUGGGGUGGACUUGAAAAAUAUUUUCCCAAGUCCCCUGAUUUUAGUUUGUGCAGUAGUGGAGAUUUCUCUGCUUGGUAACUUGGUUUCUUUCUUAUCUAGUACUACUGAUAGUGCUGCUUCAAACCAUCAGACCAUUCCUGCUCCGCUGCUGAGAAGUUUGGAAAAGGUUGAGGGGGAACUGGGUAAAAUAAGAUUACACUCACCAGCUGACAGCUUUUGAUAAGACAGCCUGCAUACUUCUUCCUCUUUGUUUUGUUUGCCCCCACAAAGUUUUCUGCUUUACUAUGCACAUAAACUGCAUAAUCUUAUAGAACCAAGUAAGUGACUUAUUUUUGCAGAUUUAGAUGAGAGGGGAGCUUGGUCAUUUUAUUGCCGUGAAAGUGGAAAAAGCAUUUGAGUGUGCUGUGAAGAGGAGAGCUUUUGGACAACGGGCAGCAAGCAGCAUACUGUGGAAGCCAGUGCUACGAUGGGCUGUCCUGGCAAGGUACUGCCUGCUGGGCUGGGUCACAACAGGGACUCAAAACUGAGAAGUUCCCUGCGAUUUCAGCAAGGAAACAGUGAAGCAAAUUAAGAUGGUUCCUGGUUGGAGCAAAUACCCCUGGUCAAGCAACCUCCUGCACCUGUCUGAAUCUCCCCCCGUGCUGCCCCUCUCUAUAUUUACCCAGUGGGAACUUUCCAAGAAUGGAAGUGGGAAGAUAAAUGCUUGUGGGGGCUAAAUUUAGCCCAGGCUCCCUGGCCCUGCUCCCUGUGGUGGCAUUUCAGCUGUGAGCUUGACAGCCUGCGCCCUUCCAGUUGCGCAGAGUGGAUGUCCAUCCCUGACAGAGCAAGGGCUCUCUUUCUCUUCCCCUUUUUUAAUUAAAACCAAGGAAGAAUUCUCCAUGGGAGAGCGUCUGCUUUGCCUGUCUUGGCUGUGAGCAUCACUUGCCUCGCAGAGACAUCAGGUUUUACUGCUUACAAUGAAAGUGGUGCUCAGAAGACAGGCAAAAAAAAUGAGCUUAAUGGACAUCACUAAGAUUUUCUCCAUGCUCCAGCCCAGAGAAGAUGAAGAUGAUGGUGAAAGUGAGGAGCUGAACCAAGUGGUAUCUGAGGACGAUUACCAAACUCUUGACAAGCUCUUGCACCAAGACCGGUACAAGAGAGUGAUCAACAACAGGAGUGGCUGGGGUGUUCCCAGCACCCCGCUGCGCCUGGCCGCCUCCAAGGGCCACCUCAGGAGCCUGGAGGUCCUCCUGUCUCAUGGGGCAGAGGUGGACAGUCUGGACGUGAAGGCACAAACCCCACUUUUCACAGCAGUCAGCAAUGGCCACUUGGAGUGUGUGAAAGCGCUGCUGGAGGCAGGAGCCGGUCCCUCUGGCAGCAUCUACAACAAUUGCUCACCGCUGCUGACCGCAGCUAGGGAUGGGAACGUUGAGAUUCUGCAGCAGCUCCUGGAGCAUGGUGCAGAGACCAAUGUCCACGCCAGGGUGCCUGAGUGGGCUGCCAACUCCACUGCUUGUUCUGGUCCGCUUUACCUCGCGGCUGUCUAUGGGCACCUGGAAUGCUUUAGGUUGCUGCUGCUCUAUGGUGCCGAUCCCAACUACAACUGCACUGAUGAGAGGAUGAUCGCGCGCAUCAAGGAGCCCAAGACUCUGUUGGAGAUCUGCCUGAGGCACAGCUGCCGGCGUGAGUUCAUCAAGCUGCUUCUUGACUUUGGAGCCAAUGUGUAUUUGCCAAACAUCAAGAAGAUAGCACCUGGUAGUGAGGGCCUGGAGCUGCUGUUGCAGGCAAGAGCUCAUCCCAAAUCCCUGAUGUCUCAGUCUAGGCUGGUGGUGAGACACAUCCUGAAGCAGGCUGGCCGUGCACAUGCCCUCAGAGACCUGGACAUUCCACCAGUGCUGGUGAGCUACCUCCAACAUCAGCCUUAGCAGAGACCAUGGAAGACACUUGCCCCAGAAACAUGCCCAGUGCCUGAAUUAAAAGCUCCUCUGAUGCUGCUGUUGCACAGCACAAAACAGAUGUGAA